AUGACGCUCACCGCGGCGACGAGUGGUGAAGAGUUUUUCGCAAACCUGUUCGGUCCCAAACCAGCCUUGGGUGCGAAAACGACGUCUCGUGCGCGACCGGCGACGCGACCGACGAACGAGACGGUGAAGGUGGUCGAGGGCAUUCGUCACAAGCGUCUUGGUGGGCGCUCAGGGAUCGUGGUGAGUGAAAUCGGUCUCGGGACCCAGCGGUGGGGGAGCGCGGAUGUCAACGCGCCGGACGAGACGCUGUGCCACGCGAUGAUGGAUCGAGCCGUCUUGGAGCGUGGGGUGAGUUUGAUCGAUACGGCGGAGCAGUACCCGAUCCCGAGUGACCGAUCGAGGCCGGAGGGGCGAACGGAGGAGAUCAUCGGGCGGUGGUUGGCGCAGGAUAAGAGUCGCAGAGAGAAGGUUGUCAUCGCGACGAAAAUCACGGGCGGGUCCAACGUGAACGCGAAGAACAUUCAGAGGGAUCUGGAACGGUCGUUGUUGAGAAUGAAGACAGAUUACGUGGACGUGUACACGUUACAUUGGCCGGCGAGGUACACGCCGCAGUCGAACUGGGGGCAGUCGCUGAAUUACGACGUCGAAAUGGAGCGAGCACCGUAUUACAAGAACGCCGCUUCGUUCGAGGAAAUCACCGAGGCGAUGGGCAAGAUGAUCGACCAGGGCAAGCUUCGUGGGUACGGGAGCUGCAAUGACAACGCGUACGGGUUGACAGCGAUGUGUUACGCCGCGCGCAGCGUCGGUGCGCCCGAACCAUGCUGCAUGCAGGGCGAUUAUAGUUUGAUAAACAGGCGUAGCGAAGAAAAUGGACUCGCGGAGGCAUCUUCACCCGUGCACGAGAACGCAGGAUGGAUGGGAUAUAACCUCCUCGCAGGGGGCGUGUUGACGGGAAAGUAUCGAAAAAUCAAAGCUGCGGUCGAUAAUCCCGACGACCCAGCUCUUGCGGAGCGUCUCUUAAAGAAUCCGAGAGGCCGCAUGGACGAUUAUUCCUGGGGCCAAACUUUGUACAGGUACAGGUCUGGUCCGGCACUACGAGCCAUCGACGCGUACGCCGCGCUCGCCGAGGAGGCUGGGAUAUCACUCACUGAGCUCGCCCUUCGAUGGGCUCAAAGACGCGCUUUCAUGACCACCGCGCUCAUCGGACACACAUCGCUCGCGCAACUCGACGAGACGCUCGAUUAUUUUGACGCCUCAAAACCCCCCUUGGACGACGCUCUCAUGUGGGCCAUCGACCGCGUGCACAUGCGGAACCGACUUCCGAUAUUCUCUAGCGAUCGUGUCGGCGCCGACUGGGACGGCACGGGCGAGAUCGGCGAACGCAUUCCUUGA